AUGGGUCGGAGAAAGAUCAAGAUGGAGAUGGUUCAAGACAUGAACACAAGGCAAGUCACCUUCUCAAAACGAAGGACUGGUUUGUUCAAGAAGGCAAGCGAGUUAGCCACCCUCUGCAACGCCGAGAUAGGUAUUGUUGUCUUUUCACCAGGAGGCAAGCCUUACUCCUACGGGAAACCGAAUCUUGAUGCUGUCACAGAGCGGUUCAAGAAGGAAGACCAUGAUUCCGACAGUGAAAGUGAAGAAGAAGAGAAAGAAGAAGGAAGGUGUAAGAGUAGACCUAAAAUGAAAAAGGUGAAUGAACGUCUUGAUUGUCUCAACAGAGAGAUUGAAGCUGAGAAGAAACGAGGCGAGAAGAGUCAGGCAAAGCUUGAAUCCGCUGGGGAGAAGAGGUUCAAGAAGCCUAUUGAGAAGCUUACCAUUGAUGAACUCAAGGAAUACAUGGAGAAGUUGGAAGGAAUCCAUUGUAGGAUCAUAGGUCAAGUCAAUGAGAUGCAGGCUUCGUCUUGUCUUGUGCUUAUCUCCGAGAACAAGGCUCCUAAUAGGAUGAAGAUUUAGAUAACUAGAUCGAGUUUUACAAUUUUUAAUAUUCUAUUUUUGUUUUAGCAUACAGAAGUUACUAAUACAUGAAAGAUCUUGUUGGUUCAAAACUGUUCUCAUCUAUGAUAUCAAAAGAAUGUAAUCAGAAAUCCUGAAAAUACCUGAGAUUCUG